AUGAAAACAAACACGAUGUCAUUCAUUGAUAACAAUGACAACAAUGACUCCCAUUUGAGUCCCUUUUUGAUUGACAACCAAUCGAUUGAAAUACCGGUUGACGUCAACCACGACCCCAAGAAUGGCUUGUCUUUCAACCAAUUCUUCGAUCACCUCAUGGCUAACGUGUCCAACAAUAAAGACAAGUGUGACGUCUGGAACAAUGUCUUGUUGGACAUCAUUGACAACAAUGUGAUAAACGAGUCGAUGCUAUCGGAAGUGUUGACAAUAACAGUGGAUAAUAGUCGGAGCGAAUCGAUUCCCAACCGUGUCUUCAGUUGCAAAAUGUUGUCCAAAUUGAGUCGACGGCUCAACGAAAUGCAAUACCUGUGCCAUGACUUUCAGCCCUCAAUCAGAGCUCAUAUCUCUAAACAAAUGUUUGUUUUGUCCCAAAAUUUCAGUUUGGAGACAAUAAAGACUCAAAUUCUUCCACAACUCAUUGAAUUGACAAAUGAUAGCGAAUUGAUGGUCAGAAUCGCAUCACUCGAGUCGUUGAUUGAUUUGAUACCCAAAUUUGACGACGAUUUCAACAAACAGAUAAUUUUGCCGCAAAUUAUCUCACUCUUUGACUUCGCUUUUAUCACAAAUGACGGCUCUUUAGGUCUUAUUUUUAUGAAUUUCGGGAAAUUGUGUUCAAUUUUGCCAAAGAAUGUGAUUUCACGGGAGAAAUGGUUUCUCGACUAUUACUGCAAUAUUUUCUUAAUUUCAAAUGAUUUCCAAUUAAAUGCCAAAAUCGCUAAUUAUGCCGAACGAGACAUUCAGUGCCGCAUUCUGUUGGCCCACUAUUUUCCCAUUAUGCUUCAAAUCUAUGGCACAAAUGAUAUGCUGUUCUCUAUACUGAACUUUCUGUGCUCUGAUGUCGAUACGAAUGUUGUCCGCACUAUAGCCUCGGCUUUCAAUGAUAUCAGUAUUCUUAUGAAAAACCCGUUCAAACUCUACCCCCAGUUAUCGAAACUAAUGAGUCAAACAAAUAUGAUUGUGAUUAAAGAAUUGAAUCCAUUCUUGUCUUCCCUUCUCAUCGAUGCCAUCAAAUCGACGCCAAAUGAAAAUAAAAAUGAUUUAUUUGUGGAUUUAAUGCAAAAUCUGAUCGGAUGUGAGAAUACUAUUUGCCUGAAUCUCGACUGGAGAUUACAAAUUGAUUUCUAUGAAAAUCUAAUUCAAGUGUUGGUAUACUUUCCUGUGAAAGCUAUCGAAGCAGUAUUCUUGCCGUUACUUCUCAAUAGGAUUCUCACCGCUAGACCAAUUCCGUUAAGAAUCGGAACUUCUAGAUGUGUAUUAAUUCUGUUCAAGAAUAUUCCGGUUCUUUUUGAUGUAUUUAAGCAGAAAUCCUCUCAAAACCCUUUACUAAGUCUUCGCACAGACAAAGUGCCAAAUAUUAGACUCAAUGUAUGCAAAUGUCUUAAGGCUUUCAAACAUAUCUUUAGAAAUGCAAAAAUUAGUGUCCGAAACGAACAAAUGAAAGGCAUGUUUAAAGACAUGCUGUCGUCUGAAUCUGAUCGCGAUGUUAUCGAAGCUAUCACUGAAUUGAUCCACGAUUUGGACAAAAAUUCAGAGAUGAAUAGAGAACAGGAAGAGAAUAUGAAAGAAUUGACUGAAGAGUUCGUUCACUUGACAAUUGAUAGCUCACUCAACACAUGUAAAACUUUAGUCCAAUUGAAUAACUAUUCAGUCAAUGGAAAAGCGUUGAAUUCAGCGAAAAUGAAUUCAAUUAAAAGCAAGUCAUCGUUACCUCAACUAAUUCGUAGUCAAUGUAACUCUAAUUCAAACACCAAAUGUUUGUCACAAAACCAUAUCACUAGUGGUUUGUAUUCAAUUCCUUCAAAGAUUCCCAAACCUAUUACCAAAUCUGAUUCCACAUCAGAUGUCGAAGGGAUGAGACGUUUGGCCAUCCAUUUGGAGUGUUGCUCCAAAACGGCAUCUUUUAGCACAAACAUCGCAUUCACUCGAUCCACAUCAGAUGUCGAAGGGAUGAGACGUUUGGCCAUCCAUUUGGAGUGUUGCUCCAAAACGGCAUCUUUUAGCACAAUCAUCGGGACUCCUAUUAGUCCACGUUCUGGUGUCGAGAGUUCGCGCGACGCCUACCAGUGA